AUGGCAUUCGGCGCUCUUUUUUCCAGGUUAUUCUCUUGUACAACCAAGGCAGAUAGCACUUCUCUUUCGGGAAAGUACAAGUUUGUGCAUUGUCCGAAACCGGUAAAAGACACCGGUUGCACGUACUGUGAGAUUCCGCAGUUUCCAAUUUCGCAUCAGAUCGAUCAUAAGAGGAAACUGCGAAAUAGCACAGUUGCCCUUUAUAAACAUGUAUUGCUUCUAAGCGGAUUUCCAGAUCAUCAAAGUUGGCCGAGGAGGUUUGAGUUGAGUCCCGGACAUGUGAUAUCGGAUUUAACGACUCUCAAAAGGAAGUUCACAGACAGAUACCACCCAUCUCUAGUGAGUAUGACGUCACUCCAAGAGGAGAGCAUGAUUCCCGGGUUUGAUUUUGCUCAUUCCGCAUUGCUUGGUUUAUAUCCCGACGGUUUGGCGGUUGAGGUUCCGACCCGUCGGUUGCAAGAGUUUGUGAUUGCUUAUCUUGCCGGAGAGCCGGUUGAUCCGGCGGAAAAGGAGCGGCAGGAGGAACUUAGGUCCAGUUUUCAGAGUCUUGAGUUGAAGAAAGACUGCAUUCUUAUGUGUGGACACGCGAAGCGAGAUAUCAGAUGUGGAACCAUAGGUCCGUUAGUCAUGGCUGAGUUCAAGAAGGCGUUUGAGAUGAAUCGAAUACCUGAAGAAAGCGCGACAUUAGGUUAUAUAUCACAUGUUGGUGGCCACGCUUUUGCGGGCAAUGUUUUGGUGUUUAAGAAGAAUGGUGAUGUAAUAUGGUACGGAAGAGUUGAGCCGAAGCAUGUCCAGGGAAUAGUGGAGAAAACUGUUUUGGGGAGUGAGAUAAUUGAGGAGUUAUAUAGGGGGUAG